AUGAGGUUGACAAGCGUCACGAGCAUUUCUUUACUCGCCGGUCACACUCUGGCUUAUCGGGGAAUCGAUCUGCACAACGGCGCCGCGCUGGUCGGCAGGGACACUUCUAUUCCGACCUGCGUCUCUGACUGUGUUCAGCCAUCAGCUGACGCAGCAGGGUGCAAUUCGGUCGACUAUUCAUGCUUGUGCGCGUCGUCGGUCUUCAUCACUGCUACUGCCAAAUGUCUCGCUGCAACAUGCACGACCUCGACUGACAUCGAGACCGGCGUCGCGCUCGGUCAACAAGUAGGCAAGCGUGAUUUCGCAAAGAGCUAUACUGAUCUGUCUCGGCAGACCUGUGAAGCCAUUGGCAUCUCGGAGGUGAUUCCAGCCAGUGCGUCGUCAAUCAUCGUUGCCGCCGAAGCGGGGAGCUACACAGCGGCUGCGUCUGUAACAAGUGAUGCUGCCGCGACCAGUACGGCCUCCGACAAGAGCCAGACGACAGCGUCCGGUGCAAUCACUUCGGCUUCGGCUGCGCAAGCGAGCAAUACGUCAACAUCGGAAGCUGCGACGUCUGGCGCCGAGUCUCUGCGCGUCCCCGCCUUGCUCGCAUUCGUCGGCUUUGUGGUAUCAUGGUAG